AUGGUGCUUAGACUGAAAAGUAAACUAGAGCAAAGUGACACAUAUAUCAAGUACGACCUCACUCCUAGUCAACGUACCUAUCUAAAAACAGUAAUCUCAGAGUUAGAAACCAGAAAAGCUGAAGCUAGCAUUAACAAAAUAAAUCCAACCAUUGUAUUAAUAACUGAGUCAUGGCUACGCACAGAUCUUCCUGAUAGUUUUGUUCAUCUUCCUGAUUACAUAUUGUUUCGCUUAGACAGGCAUAACCAAACAGGAGGAGAUAUCUGCAUUUUUGUCAAAAAUACAGUAGCAGAAGCAGUUUGGUUAGAAAUUACAAUCAGCACCUUUACCUUUGUAACGGCUUGCAUAUAUCGUCUCAAAUCGUCAACACCAGAGCAAAACAAAGAAUUUACCGCCACAGUAGUAAAGGCCUUAGAGUCAAAAAUUCCAACAUUUCUUUUUGGAGACUUCAAUUACACAGAGAUCAACUGGGAUAAACUUACAGUCUACCCUCACAAUCAAUGCUCAGAAGAUUUCUUUAACAGCUAUCAAAUCGCUAACGCGCAUCAGGAUAAGUAUAAAAGGACAAAAACAAACACAGAUUAUGAUCAUCACAAACAACAAAAUAAUAUAACGAAGCAGAUCUUAAACCAGGCUAGGCAAGAAUAUGAACAGAAUUUAUUGCAAGCUCCUGUUAAGAAAUUUCACUCCUAUAUAAAACAUUCCCUAAACUCCCGUCUCCAAAAUUUUGCGUUCAGAAACACUAACACGAAUCAGACUACUUACGAUGAGACUGAAAUUGGCAAUUGCUUUGCAGACCAGUUCCAGAGAGUCUUCACUCAAGAAGAUAAAAAACUACCAACUCUUUCACCUGAACUACGCAUCGCUCAGAGAUAA